AUGGUGAAAGGAAUUAAAAAAAGCUUAUGCCUGCUGGUGCUAUUACUGCUGAGCUAUACGUACGUACAAGGAGCGUACUUUUACGUGAAGGAAGGGAUGGAAAAAUGCUUCGUAGAGAGCGCCGCAAGCAAUGUAAUCAUAACGUCAUCCUAUGACAAUUUUGGAUUAAAAGAAUUAAAAUGCCAUAUCAUUAUAAAGAAUCAACAAGGAAAAGUUGUGUACUCCCAUGAAACGUCUGAAAUUAGUAAAGGCAAAGUAUCCUACAUGGCGAAAAAGAAUGGGCUGUAUUAUAUUUGCAUUUCCUGUCCAUCUUCCAACUGGUUUAAAAGCACGGCCAUCAAAUGGAGCCUAUCCAUAGAAGUUGGAGGGUCAGAUGUGGAUAUCGAAAAUGUGGCCAAGAAAUCCGAGCUGAGUGAGACAUUAGCUAUUUUGCUGAAUCUGAAAAAAAAAUUCUCCUCGAUGAAGUUGCAGCAGAUAUACCAGAAGCAAAUGGCAACGAAUCUGUACGAACACAACAAAUCGGUGCACAAGAAGAUGUUCUAUUGCUACAUACUCGAAAUUAUAAUACUCGUCGCAAUCACCGUUUACUCUAUUGUCCAUUUAAAAAAUUACUUCAAGGCCCAAAAAUUGAUGUAG